AUGAGUAGCAGCGCCUCAAAUAGCGGCCCUCGCCUGCCGCUUUACAAGCGGUUAUUCAAGCGCACAGCAAGCAAAACAUCCGACACUGUAGACGAAGCCGGAGUGCGCAUGGCGGCAUCAAAUCUGCCUCCGCGCAAGAUAUACGCUAACAUGGACAUACCCGAGGCGAUCACCAACGCCAUCACCACAUCGCAGUACACACUUCUCGACUUUUUGCCGAAAAAUCUGUCGCGACAGUUUGGGCGUGUGGCCAACAUUUAUUUCCUGACGCUGACCAUUCUACAGAUGAUCAGCUAUUUUGCUGUUGGCAGCCGCUUCUUGGCCGUCGUGCCUAUUAUUCUCGACUGGCGGAGACACAUCUCAGACAAGCAGUUCAACAAUACACCCACGCGCCUCGUGCGCAACCUUCGCAACUUCAACACAGUAUGGCAGGACAGGCAGGCCGAGGUGGCAAAGAGCAGCCGCUUGCUCGCCUGGCGCAUCCGCUUGGCGCGCCGCAUGAAGCGCAAAACUGUCACGGAACCCGGUCGACCGUCCAAGCCACCGGUGCUAGAUGAAGAGUCAAAAUAUGCUGUUGCUGGCCACCUCGGCGACGACGGCGGGUGCUACGUUGAGACCAAGAACCUCGACGGCGAAACAAACCUAAAGCCCCGCGCGUCCCUGGCAGAGACUGCCGGCGUGGGCGAUGCCGAAGGAUGUGGCCGUCUGCGCGCCUUGAUUGAAGUCGACCCGCCCAGCUCCAACAUGUCCAAGCUUAACGGGCGAGAAUUCCACGCCGUCGACUCGCUGGGUGCCGGCGUAGACCGCUACUUGCAGAGCCCGUCCUCUCCAUCCCCGUUCAAUUCAAUUGGGGGCGCGCCCCCUGGAAUGGGCCACCGCCGCCAGAUGAGCAGCAUUAGUAGUCCGCUCGGCGACAACAACUUCGAGAUGCGCAUGCUUGGCCCCAAGCAGACUGCACCCUUUCGCCAGUCCCCACUCGCACAACUAAAAUCCAAGCCGGCGCUCGCCAUGGCCAUGGAAACGCUAGAGCCUAAAUUAGCUUCCGAUGGUGUCGCCACUACAACCAGCGACAACGUCAUUGUGCUCGGCAAGUCGCUGCCCAAUGAUGUCAACUAUGGAUCCGACCCGCUGGUGGCCCCAUUCUCGAUCAGCAACGUCGUCCUCCGCGGAAUGACUGUGCGCAACACAGACUGGAUUGUCGGAAUUGUGCUGUACACGGGAGACCAGACCAAGAUUGUUCUGAACUCGGGCCCCCCACCGUACAAGCGCAGCCGCAUCGAGCGCACAAUGAACGUCCAGGUCUCGAUGAGCUUUAGCUUUGUGUUUGUCACAUCAUUCAUCGUGGCGCUCGUUGGCGGGCUCAAGUACGCAAACCCCGACCAGCGGUACAGUAUGUAUGUUGACACCACAAUGGAGAAGGGUCUGUACGGUUUUGCACUGUUCUGGUCGGCCAUGAUCAUGUUGCAAAAUAUCAUCCCCAUUGCGCUGUACGUCAGUAUCGAGUUUGUCAAGGGCUGGCAUGCCUACUGGAUUUACCAAGACAUUAAUAUGUACUACGAGCCGACGGAUCAGCGCUGUAUUGCAAACAACUGGAACAUCUCAGACGACUUGGGCCAGGUGUCGUACAUAUUCAGCGACAAGACAGGCACUCUAACGCGCAACGUCAUGGACUUCCGAAUGUGCUCGAUCAACGGCACGAUAUAUGGCCGGCAGCUUCCGGGCGACGAGCUAGACGUAGUCAAGGGACGCAUUGCACAGGAGGAGGUCGAUCGCAACAAUCCCCCAGAGGGCGGCGCUAACCCGUUCUUUAUGGAAAUUCAGGACGACGACAGCGAUGAGGGAAACUUUGGGCGCGCCCGCAUCAGCACAAACACCAGCAUUGGCAGCACUGGCACCAACCAGUACGAGCACAGCCCGCUGAUAUCCACCGCCGACGCGUCCCUGGGGCGCUUCGACCAGCUUACCGAAGAGGAGGCCAAGUCAAAGUCCAAGCAAAUGAUCGCCAGCUACUUAACCGCCAUGCGCAAUGUCUUUGACCCCAAAUAUGUUGAGAUUGGCGACGAGACAACGGGCGAGGGCGGAGCGUACACGUUUGUCGACCCGCAGCUGUUCUACGACAUGAAGCCCGAAGUGGCGCCAGUCGGCAGGGUGCGCGCGGUAGACAUAAACAACGAGACAGGGAUGCCGAUUGCACCGCACAUGCGCGACAUGGUUGACCUGUUCCUGACCGAGCUGGCCACCUGCCACUCGGUCGUGGUAGAGAAGAACUUCCAGAAGCACAUUGUCAACAACGACGACGAUGACAAGUCGACGAUCCGCCGGCUGACACGCAUCCUUCACAACCGCACAGGGUCCAAACGCAUCACCGACAUGGUUCGCCACAAGCGUCAUCGCAGCAAGCACCACGGCCGCACAGACUCUGUCGCCACAAACGCCAGCAACAUCGAGGGCCUCGAGUGGGCCCCGUCGUCCGAGGGCAGGCCGGCCGCUACUGACAAUCAUAUGAGCCUGACAAUGCCGGUGCGCGGGUCGAAUUUGCAAACGAUCGACAGGAGCUAUGCCUCGUUGGCAGACAGCACCAACAGCCCGGCGUCGGCCAACUUCAACAUGGGCACACUGAGCGAGGAGCCAGAAUUAAUGGAUCUUUCUCUCGGUCUGCCUCCGGAUCCGGCGCCGAUCGCCGAUGAGGGUGCUCUGGUGCGCGCCGCCAAGAACUUUGGGUACACGUUCCUCGGUCGCGUCAAAAACACGAUUUACUUGGAUAUUCGCGGGCAACGCACGCAGUACGAGGUUCUUGACACGAUCGACUUCAACUCCACGCGCAAGCGCAUGACGUCCAUAAUGCGGCGCCCAGCGCCCCACAACGACAUCAUUCUGUUUUCAAAGGGCGCGGACAACGUGAUGAUCGAGCGCCUGAGCAAACUGCCCUCCAGCAGCGAGCCACCUGCCCCAUUCGAGUCGCGAGACGAGAUCAACUUUGAGCGGAUCAUGCGCGAGCGCACCUUCAACCAGAUUGAUGAGUUGCCAAUGCCGGCCUGCGCACACUGGUGCUUGGUCCGCGCGUUACCAACUGCGCUGGGCUCGGUCGAAAGCGACCGCGAAGAGCAGAUUGCCAUUAUCUGCGAGGAGAUGGAGAGGGACCUCCGCAUUGUUGGCGCGACUGCCAUCGAGGACAAGCUGCAAGAGCUUACCGCCAUUAACAUUGGCUUUGCAGCCAACCUUCUCACCAAGGAUAUGGAGCUGUGGACCAUCAACAGCUCCUCGGGCACCGACAAAAUCUUGUCGCGCUUUAAGCUGAUCGGGCGCAUUAUGCUUGGGACAGCCGCCAACACGUUGCGCAAGACGCGGCUGCGGAUGUCGCGCACCAGCAACAUUAACCUGGACUCUGAAGAUGCGCGUGUCCUGGGCAGCGUAUCGUACAAGAUCGGUCGCGCCAAGAAGUUCCUUCACAUUGGCCACACGCUGCGCAUGAAGAGCCACCAGCGCCAGCGCGGCAAUCUCAACAGUGACAGGAGCAGCCCCGCCCCAGAAGCACUAAUAGAGGACAGCCCCGAGUUUAGCAGCCUUGGCCCAUCGCCGAGGUCGCAAAUGCGGCGGCAUGCCGCCUUCCCGCAGAUCCAGGAUGAAGAUAUCUCGCCCGAUGAGGUGCGCCAAUCGAUAGAAUACCUGCGCCGGAAUAGCACAUUCAACGAGGAGGGCCAGGCGCUGGGCGCUGACAGCGACACAAAAGCGGCGUAUCAACCACUCAACGCGCUGGUCAUCGACGGUGCUGCGCUCAGCAUCCUGAUGAGUGACCCCGAGUGCCGCGCGCUGCUGCUUGAAAUCGCGCCGUUGUUCAAGUCGGUCGUCUGCUGCCGUGCGAGCCCACUGCAAAAGGCUGAGGUGGUCAAGCUGAUCAAAGAUGGCCUCAAACUAGUCACCCUGGCCAUCGGCGACGGAGCCAACGAUGUAAGCAUGAUCCAGACGGCCGACAUUGGCGUGGCCAUUUCCGGCGAGGAGGGUCUGCAGGCCGCCAUGGCAUCCGACUAUACGGUCGGCCGCUUCCACUUUUUGCAGAACCUGCUGCUCGUGCACGGCCUGUUCGACUACCUGCGCAUGAGCGAAAUGAUCCUGAGCUUCUUCUACAAGAAUGUCAUUUGGGCCAUGGUCCCCUUCUGGUACAGCAUCUACUGCGCGUUCUCGGCCAAUGUCUUCUACGACCUGUCGUACAUUCAGCUCUACAAUGUGAUCUUCACCGUCGCACCCGUUAUCAUCCUCGGUUGCCUCGACAAGCCCUUCAACUACAAGACCGCAAUGACCUACGUUGCCGUUUAUUCUGACGGCAUACACAACCGCUACUUCCCGUGGUGGCGGUACUUUAUGUACGUUCUCGAUGGCAUCUACCAGUCUGUUGUCAUCUUCUUCACGUUCUAUCUGUUCACCUACACCACUGGGCCGACGGUCGCCGUGGUGAUCGCCGCCAGCCUGUGUGUAGGAUUCAACUCAUGGCAGUGGAAUUGGCUGAUGGGUGUCGCUCUUGCGUUCUCGGUAAUUGUCUGCAUUUUGUACAUUGUUAUCUCGUCGGCCGUGCGCUACUACUCGCUCGAGGGCGUCUCCACCUCUGUCAUGUCGACACUCGUCUUCUGGUUCGGCGUCGGCAUUUCUGUUGUCGUCGCACUACUGCCUCGCUACACAGUGCGCAGCUGGCAGAAGAUGAACCGCCCCCGCGACCUGGACAUUGUCCGUGAGAUCAAGGUGCUCCACCGCCCAUGGUACGGCCAGGUCUUUGUCGAACCCGAGUCUCCAGUUGAUGUCCUGGCGAAGGGCACCUCCAAGCACAACCGCACGCGUCUGCCCAAGAGCAAGUCAAAAUAG